AUGUCGACAAAGGUCGAUGCCAUUCUGGAUGCUUACUACAAUCUCCCUGCCGCGCUGUCACCAACUUGCUUCUUUCAACCCACAAACACAACGCAAGUAUCCCAAAUCAUCGCUUUCUUUUCCCAAGCACAAUGCAAAUUUGCGGUCAAAGCCGGCGGGCAGAUGCUUUUCGUCGGGUCGAACGCAAUCCAGGAUGGAACCCAGACGGCCUCCGUGGAAGCAGGUGCGAAGUGGAGAGAAGUGUACACGACGUGGGAAGCUCAGGUGUACUUCGUCCCAGGGGCUGAGGUUUCGGAUGUGGGUGUCGCAGGUCUAAGACUGGGCGGAGGAAUUUCCUUCUUCGCUGCUCGCUACGGCUUUGUGUGCGACAAUAUUAAGAGUUUUGAGAUUGUACUCGGCAACGACACUGUCAUUAGCGCCAAUGCUACACAUAACCCUGAUCUGUUCAAAGCGCUCAAAGGCGGAUCUGGGAAUCUCGGCCUUGUCACCGGCUUUGACUUUGCCGCUUUCACCGGUGAUGAUCUGUGGGGUGCUAGGGUAACUUACAACCACGCUGAUGUCCAGAAGUCAUUCCAGCCAAUGGUUGACUGGGCCGAUCAAGCCGCCUUCGACCUAUAUGAAUCAGUCAUCAGAUUCUGGGGUAGAGCUUCUCUCGGUGUCGCAUACAUAUACAAUCUCACGAGCCGGCUCAACCUUCCCAGUGGCCUCCGCAACAUCUACGCCGGCGUAGUUUUCGAAGCCACGACGCCUGUUUUGACUUACGUCAACGAAGUCAUUCGAGACGUUUACGAACCCAUCUAUAAGGACCCGCCUUACACUUUCCUGCUGGCAGAAUAUCAGCCCAUCCCCUACAUCGCUACCCAACACAGUAUCAACAAUGGUGGUAACGUUCUCGGUCUCGAUAGAGUCAAGGGCAACGUCAUCGUCCUCAUGCUCGUCGCUCUUGGGAAUGACCCUAUCCAAGACACGAGGGUGCGUGAGCUGAUGGACGCGACUAUGGGCAACGUUACCAAUUACACACAAAGCGUUGGGGCGUACAGACCUUGGCAAUAUGUGAGUUAUGCAUACGAAGACGAGGAUUCGAUAGGGAGUUAUGGCGAUGACAAUGUCAAGUCCCUAAAGAUUAUCAGUCUCAAGCUCUCAACUAUGGCAGGGGCAAGCGAUCAGAACGACAUGCCUCCCCAGACACAAAGCCGGAAUAGCCCCUCAGAGGACAGCACCACUGACAUUGACAAGGAAACUCCUGCUAAAAAGCCAUCGCUGAUCAAGAGGACAUGGGAUGGAUCCGGUCUCAAUCCGGGAAUGCUGAUGAUGAUGAUCAAAGGUGCCUUACCUCCAACAAUUUCACUCGCCGUCUAUCAGAGUACGGAUUUUGCCCAAGUCUACUCAACCCUUGGCUAUCUCGUGGCUAUCAUGUCUGUCCUCAGCUUCGCCAUUUUACCGAGAAGCAAGUACAUUCAGACAAUGCUGUUCAACAUCAUUGGUUUAUGUAUAGGCGCUGCGGUCGCGCUGCUUGAAAUUUACUGUAGCGUCCAAGCACGAGCUCACACAACCCCAUCCGUCAAAGCGACUGGCAACGGUCCCAGCCCUGGAACCGCGGUGUCUAACUACAAUUCCUCGGCUUCCGCUGUGAGUGCGAUUUGGCUGUUCUUCAACAUUUACCUCGUCAAUACUCUGCGUGCGUCAAGGCCGCAGCUGCAAUUUCCUGUCAUUAUAUACUCGAUCUUUGCAAACGUAGCGUCCGUCUACGCGCCAACUUUCCCAACCAUGGUCGCUGGUAUCGCUUUUGCUAAGCGCCUGUUGGAAGCCUUCCUCACUGGGUUUGCUAUUGCUACGGGGGUGUCACUGUUUAUAUUCCCCGUAUCGGUACGGAUGACAUUCUUCAAACAAUCGGCUGGGUUCAUUGCAGCUGUUCAAAGCACACUGAAAGCUCAGAUAUCCUAUCUGCAGACCUUGGAGAAGAAGGAUAUGUUCCGUAACCCUACGGCAUCCGACGAGGAUGAGAAGUAUAAGAAAUCGAAUAGCCACAAGAAGGGCGAUACGGCCAAGCCAAACGGAAGUGCAGAAGCUCAACGAUUGAAAGCAAUGAACGAGGCUCUUGUCAGAAUAUCAGGUAUGAUAGAAUAA